AUGCCUUCAACAAGGACACCCCACGCCUGUAACAAGGACACCUCCCACGCCUGCAACAAGGACACCUCCACGCCUGCAACAAGGACACCUCCACGCCUGCAACAAGGACACCUCCACGCCUGUAACAAGGACACCUCCACGCCUGCAACAAGGACACCUCCACGCCUGCAACAAGGACACCUCCACGCCUGUAACAAGGACACCUCCACGCCUGCAACAAGGACACACUCCACGCCUGUAAUAGACACCUCCACGCCUGCAACAAGGACACCUCCACACCUGCAACAAGGACACAUCCACGCCUGCAACAAGGACACCUCCACGCCUGACACCCACGCCUGUAACAAGGACACCCACGCCUUCAACAAGGACACCUCCACGCCUGCAACAAGGACACCUCCACGCCUGCAACAAGGACACCUCCACGCCUGUAACAAGGACACCUCCACGCCUGCAACAAGGACACCUACGCCUGUAACAAGGACACCCACGCCUGUAACAACAAGGGACACCCUCCACGCCUGCAACAAGGACACCUCCACGCCUGCAACAAGACACCCUCCACGCCUGCAACAAGGACACCCACGCCUGCAACAAGGACACCUCCACGCCUGCAACAACAAGGACACCUCCACGCCUGCAACAAGGACACCUCCACGCCUGCAACAAGGACACACCUCCACGCCUGCAACAAGGACACCUCCACGCCUGCAACAAGGACACCUCCACGCCUGUAACAAGGACACCUCCACGCCUGCAACUUGCAACACUUGUUAUAAGAGCUGA